AUGGGUGUUGAGAAGACUAUCCUGGCCAACGGCAACGGCGUUGACUUCCCUAAGAAGGGUGACAACGUCGCUAUGCACUACACUGGCUGCCUGUACGACGCCAGCGCUGCUGCUAACCACUACAUGGGCACCAAGUUCGACAGCUCUCGGGACCGCGGUUCCCCUCUGGCUAGCCCCAUUGGCGUUGGCCGUCUUAUCAAGGGUUGGGACGAGGGUGUCCCCCAGAUGAGCCUCGGCGAGAAGGCUAUCCUUGACAUCAGCUCUGACUACGGCUACGGACCCAAGUAUCGGCUUCCCCGGCCUGAUCCCCCCAACUCCCGCCUGGUCUUCGAGGUCGAGCUCGUCAAGAUCAACAACAAGUCUGCCUAG